CGUUGAUAAUACGCUGCCCGAACGCAGCUAUGAUUAAUAUAUCUACCCAUUAAAGAAAUAUUAACAAUAUGAUAACAUAAUUACAGUGAGACUCAGGGCAAGUGUAAUAAUACGAAAAAUAACGUAAUCCAAUAGAUUCAUAUGGAUACCGUGCAAACAAUUCAGAAGCUGUAGACAGAAAUUGCAGGAUGAGGAUAGCCAGCUUUGCAGGAAUUUUAUUGCUUCUUGAAGCUUAUUCGUUUGUGAAUGCAAUUAACGAGAAGCAGAAUCCUGACAUUCUCGACAGUAGCCAUCCUAUAAUAGUGGUCACCUGGGAUUACAAAAAUGCAACGGAAAAAGCCUGGGAUGUAAUAUAUAAUCAAAAAAGAAGUGCUUUGGACGCAAUAGAAGAAGGAUGUUCCUUGUGUGAGGAGCAGCAAUGUAGAAAGACUGUGGGAUUUGGUGGCAGUCCGGAUGAAUCUGGAGAAACUACGCUAGAUGCUCUCAUUAUGGACGGAACAACAAUGACCGUAGGAGGAGUAGGAGGACUACAAAAUGUAAAGAAUGCUAUUUCAGUCGCUCGCAAAAUAUUGAAACACACAAAGCAUUCCUUGCUGGUUGGAAAUUUAGCUACAGAAUUUGCUGUGAAUAUGGGAUUCAAGCAGGAGUCUUUACAAACGGAUGAGUCCAAGAAGAUGUGGACACAAUGGAAGGCGAACAAGUGUCAACCCAACUUUUGGAAGAAUGUCACACCAGAUCCAACAAGUUCCUGUGGACCAUAUUGCCCAAUCGACAUAGAAGAUGACAAAAACGAGGUAGUAGGAAGCGAGGAAAAUCAUGAUACGAUCGGUAUACUCGCGAUAGACUCACAGAGGCGAAUAGCAGUUGGAACAUCCACAAAUGGCGCCAAGUAUAAGAUACCUGGGCGCGUUGGGGAUUCUCCUAUUCCAGGAGCUGGCGCAUAUGCCGUUCAGGACAUCGGCGCAGCUGCUGCUACCGGUGACGGAGAUAUUAUGAUGCGAUUUUUGCCAAGCUUCCUGGCAGUAGAGGAAAUGCGUCGUGGACUAAGUCCAUUAGAAGCUGCUAAGAAUGCGAUUUUGAGAAUUACCCAUCAUUAUCCUAACUUUUUCGGCGGGGUGAUUGCAUUGAAUGCAAGAGGACAAUACGGAGCAGCAUGUAAUGGGAUGUUGGUGUUUCCUUACUAUGUCGCACAUCCUACCUUAGGCCCUAAAUUACAUUCCGUUUAUUGCAACAAUUAUUCGCAAUGUGAUGGAUCUGGUGAAACUUGUUAAUUUGCACAUUUGUUCAAACUUUAAAGUGAUAGUUAUUCAAGUUUACUUACCUUCAUUAAGAAUUAAUCUGGGAUAUGAUCUUUUAUUACUGUCUCACAAACCUUAAGAUAUGUUAAACUUGACAUUGAAAAUAUA